AUGGGUGGUUGCAUCUCGAUCCAAAUAUCAUGCGACCAAGUAUUGAACCGUGUUGGUAGCUGCUUAUGUGGAGAAGGCAAUCAUGUUCGUAAUCUUGAGAAGAAUUAUGAGGCUCUGGAGAAAGCCAUGGUAGAACUCAAGGCAACGCGAGAUGAUGUGUUAACAGAGGUGCAAAGGGAAGAAGCCAAAGGUCAACGAAGGCUAAACAGAGUCCAGGUAUGGCUUACUAGUGUUCAGACCAUUGAAAACCAUUUUGAUGAUCUAAAUAAUACUAGAACCCUGGAACUGCAAAGAUUGUGUGUUUUUGGUGUUUGUUCGAAAAACUUAAAAUCAAGCUUCCGUUACGGGAGAAAGGUUUCUCUCAUGUUGAAAGAGGUUGGGGAUCUCAAAUCUAAUGGAGUUUUUGAAGUUGUUGCGGCUGAACCACCAUCUAUGAGAUGUGUGGUGGAAGAAAGGCCUCUACAACCGGUGAUUGUUGGUCAAGAAACAAUGCUGGAAAGGGCGUGGAAUUGGCUCAUGGAUGAUGAGACUGGAAUUAUGGGCCUCUAUGGAAUGGGGGGAGUAGGAAAAACUACUCUUCUCACACAGAUUAACAACAAGUUUUGUGAGGCAGUUGAGGGUUUCCAGAUUGUCAUUUGGGUUGUGGUGUCCAGUGAUCUACGGGUUGAAAAGAUUCAAGAUGAUAUUGCUAAGAAGUUAGGCCGUCACGGAGAGGAGUGGAACCGGAAAGAUAAAAUAGAAAAGGUCACUGAUAUACAUGCUCAUAUGAAGAAUAAGAAAUUUGUCUUGUUAUUAGAUGACAUUUGGAGGAAAGUGGAUUUAACCGAAAUUGGAAUCCCGUCUCCAACAAGGGAAAAUGGAUGCAAAGUAGUAUUCACCACUCGUUCUAGGGAAGUAUGUGGCCACAUGGGUGUUGAUGAUCCAAUGGAAGUCCAAUGUCUAACAAACAGUGAAGCAUGGAACUUGUUCGAGAAAAAAGUCGGACCACUCACGUUAAAAAGCCACCCAGGCAUUCUUGAACAAGCAAGAAAAGUUGCCGAAAAGUGUCGUGGCCUACCGUUAGCUCUCAACGUCAUUGGAGAGACCAUGUCAAGCAAGAGGACUAUACAAGAAUGGCAUCAUGCAGUUCAGGUUUUGAAUUUGUAUGCUGCGGAUUUUUCUGGCAUGGAUGACCAAAUUCUACCUAUUCUGAAAUAUAGUUAUGACAACUUGAGGGGUGACAAGAUCAAGUCAUGCUUCCAGUAUUGCUCUCUUUUUCCUGAAGAUUAUUUGAUAGAAAAAGAGAAGUUGAUAGAUUAUUGGAUAUGUGAGGGAUUCAUAAGUGAAAAGAAAGAUAGAGAAAGAAUGGUUAACCAAGGUUAUGGUAUAAUUGGUACCCUUGUCCGUUCAUGUUUGCUGUUGGAGGAAGGAAGCAACAAAUCAAAGGUAAAAAUGCAUGACGUGGUUCGUGAGAUGGCUCUAUGGAUAUCAUCUGAUCUUGGAAAAAACAGAGACAAGUGUAUCGUGCGAGCCGGUGUUGGGUUAUGUGAGGUACCAGAAGUCGAGCAGUGGAAUGAUGUGGAAAGGAUGUCACUGAUGAAUAAUAAGAUUGAAAGUAUAUCUGCUAGUCCCAAGUGUCCCAAACUAACAACUCUAUUCCUCCAAGAAAACAGGCGAUUGGGCAGUAUCUCAGAUGAAUUCUUUAUGUGUAUGCCAAAACUAGUUGUUUUGGAUCUAUCUCAGAACAAUGGUGUUCUGGAUCGAUCUCAGAACAAUGGUAUUUAUGAUUUGCCUGAGGGAAUAUCAGAGUUGGUCUCAUUAAAAUAUCUUGAUUUGUCCGGAACAAUGAUCUCGAGACUACCUGUUUGUUUCCGAAAGUUAAAAAAGCUAAUGCAUCUGUAUCUAGAGGAUAUGCCCUAUCUUCAGAGUAUCAGUGGAAUAUCUUAUGUGUCAAAUUUGAGAACAUUAGCAUUACUAAGUUGCAGUCAACUUAAUAUUGUCAGAGAGUGGCAGCAGUUGCUUUUCUUGAAUCAUUUACAAGUUCUAACCAUUGACAUCGCGUCAAAACUGGUUUUGGAGAAACUGUUUUUCUCACACAUGGGGAGAUGUUUUCAAAAGGUAGUAAUCAAAAACCUGGGAAAAGAGUCUUUCGGAAUCUUGGAUUUUCCGUUAAUUCUCCGUAGCCUCAAAGGUCCUUGCUUCCCUAGUCUCUCCUAUGUGACUAUAGAAGGGUGUGGUUUAAAGGAUUUGACGUGGUUGUUGCUCGCUCCAAACCUUAUACAUCUAAGUCUAAAAAGUUUAUCGAAACUAGAAGAAGUAGUGAGCAUAGAGAAAGCUUAUGAGAUGGAGGUACAAGGUAUUAUUCCUUUUGGAAAACUAGAAACUCUACUGAUGAGUGACUUGCCUGAGGUGAAGAGCAUCUACUGGACUCCUCUGACAUUUCCUUGUCUGAGGGAAAUGUACAUAGACCUAUGUCCGAAUUUAGCAAAGCUUCCGCUCGAUUCCAAAAGCGUUGCUGAAGUUGAAAAGUUUGUCAUAAAAUACCAAUCGAGAAAUUGGAUAGAAGGGGUUAAAUGGGAGGACGAAGACACGAGACUCCGUUUCCUGCCUUCACGCAGAAUUUGCGCUGUUGUAAACCAUCAGACCAACACACUUAAUUUGCAUCAAACUUCUCUUUUCUGCAAACGGUGUGAUUGUGUUUUGGAGAGUGAGUUUGAGUUUGUUUUCAAGUGCAGGAUGGGUGGUUGCAUCUCUAUCCAAAGAUCAGGCGAUUCAGUAUUCAACCAUGUUGGUAGCUGCUUACGUGGAGAAGGCAAACAUAUUCGUAAUCUUGAGAAGAAUUUGGAGACUCUGGAGAAAACCAUAAGAGUAGUCAAGGCAAGGCGAUAUGAUGUGUUAAGAAGGGUGAAAGAGGAAGAAGACAAGGGUCAACAAAGGCUAAACGAAGUCAAGGUAUGGCUUACUAGUGUUCAGACCAUCGAAAAUCACUUUGAUGAUCUAAAUAGUACUAGAACCAGGGAACUCCAAAGGUUGUGUCUUUUUGGUGUUAGUUCGAAGACCUUAAAGUCUAGCUCCCAUUACGGGAGAAGGGUUUCUCUCAUGUUGAAAGAGGUUGAGAAUCUCAUAUCUAACGGAGUUUUUGAAGUUGUUGCGGCUGAACUGCCAGCUAAGAGAUGCAUAGUUGAAGAAAGGCCUUUACAACCUGUAAUUUUUGGUCAAGAAACAAUGCUAGAGAAGGCGUGGAAUCGGCUUAUGAAUGACGAGACUCAAGCUGUGGGGCUCUGUGGAAUUGGUGGAGUAGGAAAAACAACUCUUCUCACACAGAUCAACAAUAAGUUUUGUGAUGCAGCUGAUGGUGUCCAGAUAGUCAUUUGGGUUGAGGUGUCCGGUGAUCUACGGGUUGAGAAGAUUCAAGAUGAUAUCGCUGAGAAGUUAGGCCUUCAUGGAGAGGAGUGGGACCGGAAAUAUAAAAGAUAUAAGGCCCAUGAUAUUCACGCUCGUAUGAAGAAUAAGAAAUUUGUCUUGUUAUUGGAUAACAUCUGGAGAGAAGUGGAUUUAGCAGAAAUCGGAAUUCCAUUGCCGACAAGAGAAAACGGAUGCAAAGUAGUAUUCACCACUCGUUCCAGGGAAGUAUGUAGCCGCAUGGGGGUUGAUGAUCCAAUGGAAGUCCAUUGUCUAACUGACAGUGCUGCGUGGGAUCUGUUCAAGAAAAAAGUCGGGUCACUCACGUUAAAAAGCCACCCAGGGAUUCAUGAACACGCAAGAAAGGUUGCUGAAAAAUGUCGUGGCUUGCCUUUAGCUCUCAACGUCAUUGGCGAGACCAUGUCAUGCAAGAGAACUAUAAAAGAAUGGGAUCUUGCGGUUGAGGUUUUGAAUUCGUACGCUGCAGAUUUUGCUGGCAUUGAUGACCAAAUCCUUCGUAUUCUAAAGUAUAGCUAUGAUGACUUGAAGGAUGACCAGAUCAAGUCAUGCUUCAAAUAUUGCUCUCUUUUUCCUGAAGAUUAUUUGAUAGAAAAAGAGAAGUUGAUAGACUACUGGAUAUGUGAGGGACUCAUAAGUGAAAACGAAGAUAGAGAAAGAAGAGUAAACCAAGGUUAUGAGAUAAUUGGUAUCCUUGUCCGUUCAUAUUUGCUGCUGGAGGAAGGAAGGAACAAAUCAAAGGUGAAAAUGCAUGAUGUGGUUCGUGAGAUGUCUUUAUGGAUAUCAUCUGAUCUUGGAAAAAACAGAGAAAAGUGUAUCACGCGAGCUGGAGUUGGGUUAAGUAAGGUACCGAAAGUAGAGAAGUGGAGUACUGUGGAAAGAAUGUCACUGAUGAGUAAUAAUAUUGAAGAGAUAUCUGGUAGUCCAGAAUGUCCCAAACUAACAACUCUAUUCCUCCAAGAAAACAUGCCACUAGCAAGAAUCUCAGGUGGUUUCUUUAAGUGUAUGCCAAAACUAGUUGUUUUGGAUCUAUCUGAUAACUAUAGUCUUGAUAGAUUGCCGGAGGAAAUAUCAGAGUUAGUCUCCUUAAAAUAUCUUGAUUUGUCAAGAACAGACAUCUGGGAGCUACCUGUUGGUCUCUGGAAGUUGAAAAGGCUAAUACAUUUGUAUCUAGAGCGUAUGAAGAACCUUGAGAGUAUCGAUGGAAUAUCUACGUUGUCGAGUUUAAGAACAUUAAAACUACUAGGUUCCUACCGGCUCCAAUGUGACAAAAGAAGCUGGGAGGAGUUGAGUCUCUUGAAACAUUUAGAGGUUCUAACCAUUGAAAUCGGGUCAAAUCCGGAUUUGGAGAAACUGUUUUUCUCACAAAUAGGGAUGAGAUGUAUUCAAAAGGCUGUUAUCAGAGACAUCUUUUACUUUCAGACUGAUCUCCGUAGCCUCAAAGGUCCUUGCUUCCUAAGUCUCUCACAUGUGAGUAUAAGAAAUGGUGGUGGUAUAAAGGAUUUGACGUGGCUGUUGUGCGCUCCAAACCUUAUAGAGCUACACCUGGUGAAUUUAGAGCUUCUAGAAGAAGUAGUAAACAUAGAGAAAGCUAAAAAGAUGCAGGUACAAGGUAUUAUUCCUUUUGCAAAACUAGAAACUCUAGUGAUGAGUGACUUGCCUGAGGUGAAGAGCAUCUACUGGAUCCCCCUGCCUUUUCCAUGUCUGAGGGAAAUGUUCGUAGAACAAUGUCAGAAACUAAGAAAGCUUCCGGUAGAUUCCAGAAGCGUAGCUGAAGUUGAAAGGUUUGUCAUACAAUACGCACCGGGUAAUUGGAUAGGAAAGGUUGAAUGGGAGGACGAAGCCACGAGACUCCGUUUCCUGCCUUCACGAAGAAUUGAAGAGAACCCAGGGAGGCAUGUUGGUUUCCGAUGAACCAUCAAACCGAGUGCACUGUUGGAAAACCAUCAGACCAACACAUACGUGUGUCAGACAUGUUGCUCUUCUUUUUUUUUUGCUUCCUCUCUGUCAGUUUAUUUGUAUCAAACUUCCUUUUUUCUGCAAACGUUAUGGUUUUGUUUUGAUUUGGAAACUGAUGAAACAACGGCUUUGCUUGCUCUUAGCUGAACAGUGUUGAUUUAUGGUUCAUAUC